UCUUAUCCCACAUCUAUUAUCUGCACUCAUUUUUCUAUUAAAUCCUCCUUCUUGAUUGCUUAAUGUAAUUUCUAUGUUCAACUCUUUCUUCUUCCUUUAGCAAAAAAGAGAGAGGUUAAGAGCACACAAAUUAAAUUAAAUUUAAUUAAAAUAAAUUAAAUGGCAGAUUGGGCUCCUGUAAUUAUUGGUUUAGUCCUGUUCGUGGUGUUCUCGCCAGGUUUACUGUUCCAGCUUCCAGGCAAAGGACGUGUGGUGGAGUUUGUCAACUUUCAAACCAGUGGCAUCUCCAUAUUUGUCCACUCUCUUCUCUUCUUUGGAUUCAUGGUUAUUUUCCUCAUUGCCAUUAAUGUUCACAUUGGUAGCGGAUGAACUUUUUUUCUAUGUUUCUUAAUUUGUCUUUGAUUAUAUAUAUACACACAUGAAAAAGGUUGCUAAUAUGGCCAAUAUCUUGCU